GAUUCUACAUUACCAAAAAAUAAUUCUACAAAUGUUGACCAGAAAAAAAUAAUAAUAAAAACUCUUCAAUCCUGCACAGAAUAGGUUGCAAAUGCAACACUAGACACGAAGCACCGAAGUUUCAAAUAAAGCUUCUGAUUCGGCAGAGCCAGGAUUUGGUUUCCUUAUAGAGGAAAAUCAAAAUUCAAGAUCAAAAUCAAGCACAACCCACCAACACCACCAUGCAGAGGUGGAAGUGGCACAGAAAGAAACCCCCCAUUUUCCCUUUACUUGUGCUUGUCUUGCUGUUCUUCAUAGCCUUCUCAACCCUCCACAGUGAGCACACCAUUCAACGAAUCCAUGAAAUCCCAGAUCAUGUUCUUAACCACCAAGAGGUUUCUUCAGCCACCUUUGUCAAACCCAACCUCUCUGGUCACCUCAAGCAAGCUCCAGAGGUUUUGGAUAGAUUCAGUAGAUGCAACUCUACUGUUGAGUAUUUGGCAAGGAAAAUUGCUUGGCGUGGUGAUUCUUGGCAGUCUGGUCGCCGGAGAGUGAGGCCGGAAAGUUGUGAUGUUUUUUCAGGCAAAUGGGUGUUUGAUAAUGUUUCGCAUCCACUGUACAAUGAAUCAGAUUGCCCUUACAUGUCUGACCAAUUGGCCUGUCACAAGCAUGGAAGGUCUGAUUUGGGUUACCAGUAUUGGAGAUGGCAACCACAUAACUGCAAUUUGAAGAGGUGGAAUGUGAAAGAAAUGUGGGAGAAGUUGAGAGAUAAAAGGCUAAUGUUUGUUGGUGAUUCACUAAAUAGAGGGCAAUGGAUAUCAAUGGUAUGUUUGUUACAAUCAGUAAUUCCCGCUGAUAAGAGAUCAAUGUCACCAAAUGCCCAUCUCACCAUUUUCAGAGCAGAGGAUUAUAAUGCAACUGUGGAGUUUCUCUGGGCUCCCCUGCUUGUUGAAUCUAAUUCUGAUGAUCCAGUAAAUCACAGACUAGAUGAACGCAUAAUUCGUCCUGAUACAGUUCUUAGACACGCAUCACUGUGGGAAAAUGCUGAUAUUCUUGUUUUUAACACAUACUUAUGGUGGAGACAAGGCCCAGUUAAGCUAUUAUGGACUACUGAAGAAAAUGGAGCUUGUGAAGAAUUGGAUGGGCGAGGAGCCAUGGAGUUGGCCAUGGGAGCUUGGGCAGAAUGGGUAUCUUCAAAAGUUGAUCCCCUGAAGAAGCGUGUCUUUUUUGUGACCAUGUCACCAACUCAUCUCUGGAGCCGAGAGUGGAAACCAGAAAGUGAAGGAAACUGCUAUGGGGAGAAGGACCCUAUUUACAAUGAGGGCUAUUGGGGAAGCGGUUCAGAUUUGCCUACAAUG